GCGUCUGCACAUGCGCAGUGAAUGGCCGUUAAACCCUGGAAAGAGGGAAGACAAGCGCGUGUGCGCGUCUGUGUGGUGGAUAAGUGCCCUCCUCCCCGCCCCCUCCGGGCCUUGGCUGUCAUGGCCUCUGCUUCCAAAUCCUUCCUCGCCGAUGCCGGCUACGGGGAGCAGGAGUUGGACGCCAACUCCGCCCUCAUGGAGCUGGAUAAAGGUCUCCGAUCUGGCAAACUGGGGGAGCAGUGUGAGGCAGUUGUACGUUUUCCCAGACUCUUUCAGAAAUACCCAUUCCCAAUUCUAAUUAACUCAGCAUUUUUAAAGCUAGCUGAUGUUUUCAGAGUGGGAAACAACUUCCUGCGGCUGUGUGUUCUGAAAGUUACUCAGCAGAGUGAGAAGCAUUUGGAAAAGAUCCUGAAUGUGGAUGAGUUUGUGAAAAGAGUUUUCUCGGUUAUUCACAGCAAUGAUCCAGUUGCUCGAGCGAUCACACUCAGGAUGUUAGGCAGUAUGGCAUCCAUAAUCCCAGAAAGGAAGAAUGCACAUCACAGUAUUCGUCAGAGCUUGGACUCACAUGACAAUGUAGAGGUUGAAGCUGCUAUCUUUGCUGCAGCUAAUUUUUCUGCCCAGUCCAAAGAUUUUGCUGGCGGGAUUUGUAAUAAAAUCAGUGAAAUGAUUCAAGGUUUAGCCACUCCUGUAGACUUGAAGCUGAAGUUGAUCCCCAUCCUGCAGCAUAUGCAUCAUGAUGCCAGCCUGGCCUCCAGUGCCCGUCAGUUACUCCAGCAGCUGGUGACAUCCUACCCUUCUACCAAGAUGGUCAUUGUUACUUUACACACCUUUACCUUGCUCGCUGCCUCCUCUUUGGUUGACAUUCCCAAGCAGAUACAGCUCUUAUUGCAAUACUUGAAGAAUGACCCAAGAGAAGCAGUGAAGAGGCUUGCUAUUCAAGAUCUAAAGUUACUUGCAAAUAAAACCCCACAUACAUGGAGCAGAGACAAUAUUCAGGCACUAUGUGAAUGUGCUCUUCAAACUCCUUAUGACAGCAUGAAACUAGGCAUGCUAUCUGUACUUUCCACACUGUCGGGGACAGUAGCCAUCAAACAGUACUUCAGCAUUGCUCCAGGAGCAACAGCUACUACAAGAUCAUCUGAUCUAGUCAAACUAGCACAGGAAUGCUGUUACCAUAAUAACCAGGGGAUUGCAGCUCAUGGAAUCCGAGUUCUGACAAACAUAGCUGCUUCAUGCCAGGAAAAAGAUCUUCUGCCGUUGGAGCAGGAUGCUGUCUUUGGCCUUGAAUCCCUCCUUGUUCUUUGUAGUCAAGACAGCAGUCCAGGUACUCAAUCAACCUUAAAGAUAGCACUCACUUGCAUGGUGAAACUGGCCAAGUGCCGCCCCCACCUGAGCCAGUCAAUUGUGGAGUCCUUGUUGACACAGCUGCACAGUGCUCAAGAUGCUGCCAGGAUUCUCAUGUGCCACUGCUUGGCAGCCAUUGCUAUGCAGUUACCGGUCUUGGGAGACGGAAUGCUGGGGGACCUGAUGGAUCUCUAUAAAGUGAUUGGACGAUCUGCAUCUGAUAAACAGCAAGAGCUUUUGGUAUCUCUUGCUACUGUGAUAUUUGUUGCCAGCCAGAAGACUUUAUCCUCUGAAGUGAAAACUGUUAUCAAACAACAGCUUGAAAAUGUCUCUAAUGGAUGGACAGCUUACAGGAUAGCCAGACAAGCUUCCAGAAUGGGUAACCAUGGCAUGGCCAGAGAGCUGUAUCAAAGCUUGCUGACUCAGGUGGCUUCAGAACACUUCUACUUCUGGCUAAAUAGCUUGAAGGAGUUCUCCCAUGCAGAGCAGUGCCUGACAGGGCUACAAAAGGAUGAUUAUAGUUCAGCACUUUCCUGUAUUGCUGAGUCACUGAAAUCUUACCACAAAGGAAUAGCAUCCUUAACGGCUGCCAGCACACCCCUUAACCCUUUGAGCUUUCAGUGUGGGUUUGUCAAACUCCGGAUUGACCUCCUUCAGGCUUUCUCUCAGCUCAUCUGCACUUGUAAUAGCCUGAAGACUAGUCCUCCACCUGCCAUUGCCACAACACUUGUCAUGACCUCAGGCAGUGACCUUCAGCGGUGUGGACGCAUUUCCAACCAGAUGAAACUCUCCAUGGAAGAAUUCAGGAACCUAGCUGCAAGAUACGGAGAUCUCUAUCAAUCAUCCUUUGAUGCAGACUCAGCGACUUUGAGGAAUGUGGAGCUACAGCAGCAAGGCUGCUUAUUGAUAUCACAUGCGAUCGAAGCCCUGAUUUUAGAUCCUGAAUCUGCAAGCUUACAGGAAUAUGGCUCUGCUGGAGUGGCACAUGCCACAAGUGAAUAUGAAAGGAGAAUGAUGUCUGUGUUCAGUCAUGUGCUGGAAGAAGUGGAAUCACUGAACAGAAAAUAUGCACCCGUGUCUUACUUGCACACGGCUUGUCUAUGCAAUGCAGUCAUUGCCUUGCUGAAAGUUCCCUUGUCAUUCCAGAGGUAUUUUUUCCAGAAGCUGCAGUCGACUAGCAUUAAGCUUGCCCUGUCACCAUCCCCACGCAACCCUGCUGAGCCCAUUGUCGUUCAGAAUAACCAGCAAAUGGCAUUGAAGGUGGAAGGAGUGGUUCAGCAUGGCUCCAAACCAGGCCUUUUCCGCAAAAUUCAGUCGAUCUGUCUAAAUGUAUCUUCAACACUGCAGACCAAAUCUGGGCAAGAGUACAAGAUGCCCAUUGACAGCCUGACAAAUGAGAUGGAGCAGAUGGUUGAGCCUCACAACGAUUACUUCAGCACACAGUUCCUCUUGAACUUUAUUAUUGUUGGCACCCACAGCAUCACAGUGGAGUCUUCUGUUAGAGAUCUCAAUGGUAUCAUAUGGAAGACGGGGCCCAAAACUACUCUGUUGAUUAAGUCUCUUGAAGAUCCAUACUCCCAGCAAAUUCGACUUCAGCAACAGCAAGGACAGCAGGCACCACAACAGCCGCAGCCACAGCAACGAACUGCCUAUACCCGUUUUUAGCACCGUUCUUAUCAUUCAUCAGCCCAAGUGAAAGGCAUUCCGUUUUAUUUGGACGUUGUCAUUUCCCCCAUCUGUUUCCCAUGAUGCCUGCCUGCCUUCCUUCCUUCCUUCCUUCCUUCCUUCCUUCCUUCCUUCGCAACUGCAAUGAUCACACCUAUAAAAUGCAGCUCGGCAACUGAAACCCAACCUUCUUGAGGCACUCCAUGUAACAAGCUGGUUGAAUGAAAUGAUUCUGCUCAUAGUUCCACCU